UUCAUAUCGCACAAUCCCACGCUCGAUUCCCGCUCGCAACAGCUGCACCCGCUCGUCAACCGCGUAAAGGCUCUUACGCCGAGGCAACGAAAGAAGCGCCUGACCUCCGGCCCAGCCCGCUUCUCCGGCGCGAGCCACUGCGCCCGCAGCCAUGUUCACCCUCCGCGCUCUCCUGCGGCCGCCCGCCCUCCGCGCCGCGCCCCGUCAACUCGCCGGCCUUUCCCUCCCCGCCACACGACAGCAAGCCCGAAUCCCUCCCUUCCCAGUAAUACGAAAUAAUGCCCGGCUACAACAACAAUAUCCCCGACUCUUUUCCCAGACGAUCCGGCGGCCGGCUGCGGGGAAGGGGCCCGGCGGCUACGACCCCCGCAACCCCGCCCACCGCGAAGUCCUCCGAGAAUACAACAUCCGGACCGCGAAGCCUCUCAUGACGGUCGACGACAUCGGGCGCUUCUUCAAGUCCCGCGGCUUCGCCGGCACCGCCGUCGUGGCCGUCCUCGCGGGCAUCGCCUUUGUGUACUUCAACACCCAGACCGUCCCCGUCUCGGGCCGCAGGCGCUUCAACUGCUACUCCGAGGCCUCGGUCGAGACGCUGUCGGCCCAGCAGGUCAAGCGCGUCAUCUACGACGUCGAGUCCCAGGGCGGCCGGUUCCUACCCUCGUGGGACCCGCGCGUGCUGAUGGUGCAGCGCGUCAUGCGCCGGCUGAUCCCCGUCUCCGGACUCGAGGACCAGGACUGGGAGGUCCGCGUGAUUGACGACCCGACGACCCUCAACGCGUUCGUGCUCCCCGGCGGGAAGGUGUUUGUGCAUAGCGGCAUCCUGCGCCUGACGCGCAACGAGGACGGGUUGGCGGCCGUGCUGGGCCACGAGAUCGCGCACAACCUCGCGCAACACGUCGGCGAGCGCUGGACGCAGUCCAUCGGGCCCAACAUCUUUCUCGGCAGCAUGGUGAUACUCUCGGGCAUGUUCCCGCCGGCCAUGGCACUCGUGCAGUACCUGGGUACCGGGUUCAUGGAUCUCAUGUUUGCGCGGCCGAUGGGGAGGAAGCAGGAGAGCGAGGCGGACUAUAUUGGCCUGAUGCUCAUGGCGGAGGCGUGCUACGACCCGCGCGAGGCCAUUGCGUUUUGGCAGCGUAUGGAUAUGGCGGCUAAGCAGGGGCAAGCAGAGGAGGUUCCAGAGUUUAUGAGCACGCAUCCUUCGAAUGAACAUCGAAUCGAGGAUUACCGAAAGUGGAUGCCCAAGGCCAUAGAAAAGUACGAGGCAAGCGACUGCCAGGGAACCGCUGGGUUCGCCAACAUGUUUAGACGGGCGCUGGAUAAAGGAAGCAUGAUUGUACAAUUUUAGAGUAGCUCUCCCCUCAGGGGCAUGCGAGCACACUUGCAUAGUUAGCUAGGUGUUUUUGGCGCUGGGGUUUAGACGGGAUUGGUCAUGGCAUGGUGCUCCUGUGGAUUUGCUUCUGCUUUUCGUUUCUCUUGUGCGAGAACUCCCCUAUACACUGUACUAACAUCGCCGC